CGUAGGUCUCCUAGCGUCGCGACGCUUCUCGCACCGAUAUCCUACCACCACAGUGCGGACAUCCCUUACGGAGGGGAUGAUGUGCUCGUCGGUCAUGUAGUGGGGAUCAUUCUCCUUGGCAUCAUUCUUCCCCUGUAAACGGGGAUAUCGUUGACCAAUCGCAUCGCUGAUUCUACGUGGUUUACCCCCACCAGUUGGGGAUGAUUGCGCGCGCAUCCUCUCGGACGAAACUCCGAUUCUCCGGGUGCCACACGCAAGGCCACAGACGCAUCACUUCUUUGGCGACAGCCUUCGGGGUAACAUCCUCGUUCUCUCUACCCUUGCAAACAUUCCUUAUCCUCAAAGUUAUCCGAUAACUACCCUGCUUCGUACCGCGGCACCCUUGUCCUUUAUAAAAUAUCCAAGUUCAAGUUCCUCGUGUUUCUUUGGUACUUUAACCCGCUUUUCCUUUCUCCUUCCUCAGUUUACCUUUUGCCAUUUCUGCCUCUUAUACAAAUUUUUUUUCCGAUCCUCAACUUUGAACUACUUCCGGUUCUCGCUGCUUCCGCAUCCCCCUUUCGUCAAUCGUCAUUCGUCACUUGUCGCAAAAGUUUUCUACUUCACCCUGAACAUACCUUCUGUGCCUUGUGACAGUCCGUCCAGAGAUACAUAAGAUUCUCGUUUUUAUUAUAGUAUUUUUUUUGGUUCGUCCCCUAUACACAGUUUUCUUCUCACCUCAAUCGUUACACUAGCCGCGAAUUUUUUCGUUUAUCUCGUUUGUACGAUUUCUGUAAUUCAGUCUUCUGCAGUUUAACAAAACUUUUCAAAUAUCCUACCGAAAGAAUAUUGCACCUUAAAUUUUUUAAAAUAAUUUUCAAUCGUUACACUUUUACAGAUUUUAAGUGAAAUCUCCUGUAGACACCCGUCCAUUCUCUCGUGCCUUGUAAAAAAAAAUUCUAAUCUACCCUUACGUAUACCGGGACUCAUUAAAAAGGAAAAAAAGUCCAGAAAUUGAAAAAAAAACAUUUAUUACCUUUUUAGAGGGAUAAUACACCCUUAAAAAAGUUCUAUAUUUCCUUUCCAAUCCUUGCAUCCUUAUCGUUCUGCCGUCCAAAGUUAAAGAGAGAGGAAAUAGAAAAACGUAGAGAGAGAGAGAGAGAGAGAGAGAGAAAGAGAGAGAGAGAGAGAGAUUAGAGUAUAGCGCGCUAUAGCGAUAACCCAGUCAGCAUCCCUUAAAUUUCGUAAAACGGGGUAAAAAUAUUCGCCGAAAAAUAAACGUCGUUUAUUGUGAUAAACCGAAAGAAGAGCCUUUGAGAGAUCAAAAAGAAAGAAAAGGAGAGAGAUAAUAAAAGAAGAAGGGAUCGAAAAGAGAACUCGAUAGGGUGCCAAGUUACAUCAUGAAAUUAGCUGGUCGAGUGACUCGGGAGGAUUUCGAGCUCGCAGAAGAUCGCCCACGGCAAUCGCAAUGGCUACCCUGUCCCUGCGAAUCUCCAUACCGGAGAAGAAUGCGACGAAGAUGAUGCAGUUCGAUCCGAACACGUCGGUGUACGACGCGUGUCGGAUAAUUAGAGAAAAAUUAGCUGACGCCUCGAAUAUGGGACAACCCAAGGACUACAGCCUCUUCCUCUCAGACGAUGAUGUGAAGAAGGGCGUUUGGCUCGAGCCUGGUAGAAAUCUUGAUUAUUACAUCUUAAGGAAUGGAGAUCAGCUGGAAUAUCGACGGAAGUUGAGAACCCUCAGGGUGCGUAUGCUCGACGGUACCUUGAAGACAUUACUGGUGGACGACAGUCAGCCCGUGGCUAAUCUCAUGGUGGUAAUCUGCACGAAAAUUGGUAUAACGAAUCACGACGAGUACUCCUUAGUGAGGGAGCUGGUUGACGAGGAAACUGAAAAUCAGAAGCCUGGAAAUUUCGGCACUCUCACUCUUAAGAGGAGGAAGGACGACAAGGGAGAGAGGGAUGCGAAGAUGGAUCAGCUGAGAAAGAAACUCAAGACAGACGACGAGGUCAAUUGGAUUGAUCCCAGCAAGACUCUUCGCGAACAGGGUAUCGAUGAGAGCGAGACAGUUUUACUCAGAAGAAAGUUUUUCUUCUCUGAUCAGAAUAUCGACAGUCGUGAUCCUGUUCAAUUGUCCUUGCUCUAUGUACAAGCCAGAGACGCCAUCUUGGACGGUACGCAUCCGGUAACCCAGGAGAAAGCGUGCAUCUUUGCCGGUAUUCAAUGUCAAAUACAGUUUGGCGAUUAUAAGGAAGACAAACACAAGCCUGGAUUUUUAGAUCUGAAGGAGUUUCUACCGCAGUCUUACCUGAAAGUUAAGGGUAUUGAGAAGAAAAUCUUUGCGGAGCACAAGAAGCACGUGGGACUUUCUGAACUGGACGCUAAGGUCAUCUACACGAAAACCGCCAGGUCAUUGAGUACUUACGGUGUAACCUUCUUCCUGGUGAAGGAAAAAAUGAAGGGUAAGAAUAAGCUGGUACCCCGUCUCCUGGGUGUUACCAAGGACUCUGUCCUGAGACUGGACGAGAGGACUAAGGAAAUCUUAAAGACGUGGCCGCUGACAACUGUCAGACGUUGGGGAGCCUCGCCCAACACUUUUACUCUCGACUUCGGCGACUAUUCCGAUCAGUACUACAGUGUACAGACCACUGAAGCUGAACAGAUUUUACAAUUAAUAUCCGGAUACAUAGACAUCAUCCUCAAGAAGCAAAAGGCUAAAGAUCACUUUGGCAUCGAAGGUGAUGAAGGAUCUACUAUGGUCGAGGACAGCGUAUCUCCUCUUAAAGCGACAAUAAUGCAACACGAAACCAGCAACGUGGGUAAAGGAAACGUAGAAGCCGUCUCUGUAGCUAUACCAGCAGUGAUGAGAGCCGGUGGAGAUGGGGCUCGACCAUAUGGAACUGGGCACAUGGGAGGUGCUCAAUACACGACAGUCAGCGGGCAGGUGAACAUCGCGCACGCUCCACCAAUGGUGCAACAAACGAAAGUCACGUCCGUCCUGUCUGAACCGCAACGUGCCUUACUCUCGACCAUCACAGCGGGUCACGAGGUCAUCCAAACUGCGGAGAAUGAACUCUCGAGCAAGGCUCAACUUCCGGAACUGGGUACAGAUCCAGCUUCCUUGAAGUGGAUCGAGCAGACGAUUGAUACCCAUAAGCAGAAUGUAGGGUCGCAAAUAGCGGCCAUGAAUGCGGCCACGGCUCAGGUCGUCACCCUGACAUCAGGACCCGCCGACGACGUUGAUCAUACUGCAGUCGGUGCUGCCAUCUCGACGAUCGCCACAAACUUACCGGAAAUGACAAAGGGCGUGAGAAUGAUAGCUGCUCUGAUGGAGGAUGAAAAUUCUGGCGACAGACUUCUAGACGCUGCCAGGAAGCUCUGCUCAGCCUUCUCGGAUCUUCUCAAGGCCACCGAGCCGGAGACCAAAGAGCCUUUCUAUAUAACGUCUACUCUCUAUGGACAAUAUCCGCGGCAGAAUCUUCUCAAUGCUGCAUCUCGAGUGGGCGAAGCUUCUCACCAGGUCCUCACUACUAUUGGAGAAGAGAAUGACUCGAAUCGUGAACUCCAGGACAUGCUUCUGGCCCUUGCUAAAGCCGUUGCUAACACUACAGCUGCCCUGGUUUUAAAGGCGAAGAAUAUCGCUGCCACUUGCGAGGACUCUACGACUCAGAAUAAGGUCAUCUCAGCAGCUACGCAGUGUGCCUUGGCAACCUCUCAACUCGUCGCUUGUGCUAAGGUCGUUGCACCGACUCUACACUCUCCAGCUUGUCAAACGCAAUUGAUGAACGCAGUGCGCGAGGUCACCAAAGCUGUCGAGGGUCUUAUUCAGGUCUGCAAUGAGACCUGCGGAGAUGAUAAUCUUCUGAAGGAGUUGAGUGCAGCAGCUGCCGAUGUCAGCAGGACUCUGAACGAUUUACUAAAUCAUAUAAAGACAGCGACCAGAGGCGAAAGAGCUAAGGAAUCCGUGCAAGAGGGUGCCGUGGAGACCAUCCUCGUCGCCACGGAUAAACUAUUCGCUAGUACUGGAGAUGCUGGCGAGAUGGUGCGUCAGGCCAGGGUGGUGGGUCAGGCGACAGCGCAGCUCAUUCAGAGCAUAAAAGGCGAAGCUGAAAAACAGACGGACUCUGAGCAGCAACGAAGAUUACUUGCUGCUGCAAAAGUACUGGCCGACGCCACUGCAAAGAUGGUGGAGGCUGCUAGACAGUGCGCCAGCAGUCCUCACGAUGCUAAGAUGCAAGAUCAGUUGCGUCAAGCUGCUGAGGAACUCAGAAUAGCUACCACAGCCGCUGCUACUCCUGCGCUACGUAGGAAACUUAUUGGCAGAUUAGAAGCCUGUGCCAAGCAAGCUGCUUCUACAGCCACUCAGUGCAUUGCCGCAUCCUCUGGCGCUGGUCAUCACAACACCAAUCCAUCCAGUCAAGAAGAACUCAAUGCGGAGUGUCGUGCCAUGGCUCAACAUAUACCACACCUCGUAGCAGGUGUUAAGGGUACCCUGGCCCAGCCUGAUAAUCCUACAGCACAGCUUAAUCUCAUUAACGCGUCCGAGCAAUUCCUGCAACCCGGCACGGCCGUAGUUAAAGCAACUAGAGCAGUGCUGCCAACUGUCACUGAUCAGUCCUCGGCCAUGCAACUGAAUACUACAUCCCAACAUCUUGGAUCAUCAUUAGCUGAUCUGAGAUCAGCUGUAACUCGCGCUAGGGAAGCUUGUGGUGGCCUGGAACUUGAUGCCGCCGAAGAAUUAAUAAACAGCCUGAAGGAUGAACUUGGAGAAUUCUACCGUGCAGUAGAGGCAGCUAGUUUGAGACCACUUCCUGGUGAAACUACUGAAUCUGCUGCUCUGCAAGUAGGAAUCACUUCGAAGAACGUCGGCUUUGCCAUGGCACAACUUCUUUCUGCUGCCAAGCAAGGAAAUGAGAAUUACACUGGAAGUGCUGCCAGAGAAACUGCAUCUGCUCUGAAAGACCUUACUUCUGCUGUACGUGGGGUAGCUGCUACCUCGAAUCAACCUGAGACUCAGAAGAAGGUUCUGAUGACUGCCGACGACGUUAUUCUGCGCUCUCUUUACCUUGUCAAGGAGGCCAGACGUGCUCUUAAAAAUCCUGACAAUCCUGAGAACGAGGCUAACCUCGCAGCAGUUGCCAAGGACGUGUCAAGUUCUCUGAACAAGUGCGUGUCCUGUCUACCUGGACAGAGGGAUGUGGACAAUGCCAUUCGUAGCAUCAAUGACAUGAGUCAAGUUUUGAACAUGAACGAGUUCCCGCAGACGAACAAAAGCUACGGGCAACUUCAAUACGACCUGAAUAACGCUGCAGCCAACCUAAACGAUGCUUCGUCAAACGUGGUCUCCUCGGUUCGAUCACCAGUUCAACUGGCCAGUUCUUCAGAACAGUUUACAAACGCAUUUGGUGACUUGCUUGGUGUCGGAAUGGAAAUGGCAGGUCAAACCACUACAGAAACCCGAGGUCAGAUGGUGGUAUCCUUGAAGAACGUUAGUAUGACCUCUAGCAAACUCUUGGUGACUGCCAAAUUUGUGGCAGCUGAUCCCAACGCUCCCAAUGCCAAGAAUCAAUUGUCGGCUGCUGCGCGUGCUGUAACGGAUUCCAUUAACUACCUGGUAGACGUAUGUACGUCGGCUGCACCAGGGCAGAUAGAGUGUGACAACGCCAUUAGGAACAUACAGUCUAUGAGAUCUUUAUUGGAUAAUCCUAGUGAACCCAUCUCCGACGCUUCUUACUUUGAAUGUUUGGAAACCGUGAUGGAGAAGAGUAAGAAUCUAGGAGAUGGCAUGACGGGAAUAGCAAAUCACGCCAAGAAGUCAGAAUACGAGGAUUUCUCAGUCGCUGUUCGGGGAGUGUCAUCCUCCAUCUGCGGUCUUAUCGAAGCUGCUGCCCAGGCAGCCUAUUUAGCAGGGGUUAGCGAUCCUACGUCCGUUGCUGGUAAACCUGGCCUCGUAGAUCAGGCUCAAUUUCUCAGAGCCGCUCAGGCUAUUCAUACAGGAUGUCAGAGUCUAGGAAAUCCCACCAGUAGUCACGAUCAGGUAGUUCUGGCUGCUACGAAGAUAGCAAAGCACACCAGCGCACUCUGUAACGCCUGCAGACUGGCCUCCAGCAAGACCAGCAACCCUGUCGCCAAGAGACACUUUGUACAGUCUGCCAAAGACGUAGCCAACUCCACUGCCAGUCUGGUGAAGGAAAUCAAAGCCCUGGAUAAGGAUUAUUCUGAGGCCAACCGUGAGAAAUGUGCUGAAGCUACGAAACCGCUACUAGACGCUGUCGAUAACCUUUGCACCUUCGCCGGGUCACCAGAAUUUGCCAGUCAGCCUGCUAAGAUAUCUGUUGCUGCGCGGGCUGCCCAGGAACCCAUAACGAGCGCUGGCAAAGCUAUGAUCGAUGGUUCCUGCGCCAUGGUCCAGGCUGCCAAGAGCCUUGCCGUCAGUCCUAAGGACCCGCCGACUUGGAAGCUCCUGGCCAAUCAUAGCAAGAGUGUUAGCGAUUCAAUUAAGUCCCUGGUUGCUUCCAUUCGGGACAAGGCACCCGGACAAAAGGAGUGCGACGCUGCUAUAGAGAUGCUUUCUACGCGUAUCCGUGAACUGGACGCUGCUCCUCUAAGCGAAGCGUCUAUGAGUUCUGCACCCAGAAAAGAAAACAUGGUCCAGGGUUUCACUGAUCAAAUGCAAAGCAGCGCCAGUGAACUGCGUGAAAAAUUGGAGCCUUUACGCACUGCAGCUAAAUAUGAGGCUGAGAACAUUGGUCACGAUGUCAAUCAGGUGGCCCUCUAUUGUGAGCCGUUGGUAUCCGGUGCUAUUGGGGCUACCCUUAACAUGGUGCAUUCUAAACAGCAAAUGGUUCUAUUGGACCAGACGAAGACGGUGGUAGAAUCAGUUCUACAAUUAGUCUACGUGACCAAGGAAUCUGGUGGAAAUCCCAAAGCGAUAAAUCUACACAAUGAAGUCGACGAGACUGUGGAGUCUACAAAAGAUGCUCUUCAGGAACUUCAAAACACUUUGGAAACAAUUUCUACGUCUAACGGUAUAGUGACUGGACUUAUCGAUGCUAUAUCCAGAGCUAUGGUGAGACUGGAGGAUCACAGGACCUCGACCAUCGACACAGUAGAUUCCUAUGUGGACUAUCAAACCAGAAUGGUGGAAGCUGCCAAGGAAAUAGCUCGUCUGGGACAAGAUAUGUCUACCAAGUCCAGUACAGACGUCACCAGAUUGGGUCCGCUAGCUGUGGACAUAUCUCACAAGUACACCCAACUGGCACGCGAUACUUCCGGUGCUUCUGCAGCAGCAUCGAACUCCGAUGUCUCCUCCAGACUUCGUACAGGUGUGCAGGAACUUGGUCGCGCUUGCGUGGACAUAGUGAGAGCAGCUGGUGCGUGUCAGAUGUCACCCCGAGAUGCAUACGCUCAACGCGAGGUUACGGAACAUAGUAAGAACGUCACGGAGAAGGUGUCGCAAGUAUUAGCAGCUCUUCAGGCUGGUUCCCGAGGAACCCAGGCGUGCAUCAAUGCAGCCAGCACUGUAUCGGGCAUUAUCGGCGACCUGGAUACCACCAUCAUGUUUGCCACUGCCGGUACUCUCCACGCUGAGAACGAGGGCGAUACUUUCGCUGAUCAUCGUGAGAAUAUUUUGAAAACCGCCAAGGCUCUUGUGGAGGAUACCAAGACUCUGGUAGCUGGUGCAGCAUCCUCCCAGGAACAACUUGCGGUAGCCGCACAGAAUGCCGUAUCUACAAUCGUUCAACUUGCUGAAGUUGUUAAAUAUGGGGCUGCCAGUCUGGGAAGUCAAAAUCCUGAGGCCCAGGUGAUGCUUAUCAAUGCCGUUAAGGACGUGGCAUCUGCACUAGGUGACCUCAUCCAUGCGACUAAGGCGGCCAGUGGAAAGCCCAUAAAUGAUCCUAGUAUGGCGCAUCUAAAGGAUUCUGCUAAGGUUAUGGUCACCAAUGUCACGUCCCUCCUGAAGACCGUGAAGGCCGUUGAGGAUGAGCAUACGCGAGGAACCAGAGCCUUGGAAUCGACUAUCGAAGCUAUCGGUCAGGAAAUACGUGCUCUGAAUACACCGGAAAUGCAGAAGAGCAACGUAACACCUGAGGACCUUGUCAGAUGCACAAAGAGUAUCACUGUCUCGACGGCGAAGGCUGUUGCUGCUGGUAACAGCUGCAAGCAGGAUGAUAUUAUAGCUGCUGCUAAUAUGGGCAGGAAGUCGAUAAGCGACAUGCUCACCAUCUGCAAGGGCGCUGCGUACAACUGCGCCGAGACAGCGGAACUGAGAGAUAGGACUCUUCAGGCUGGCCAUGAUGUUGCCUUGAACUAUAGAGAGCUUCUUCAGGCUAUAUUACAGGUCUCGUCUAGACCUGGUGAGGCCAAGCAUAUGCUGCCACCGAUAUCUAGGAAGAUUGCUCAGAGUGUGACGGAGCUCGUAGCUGUUGCUGAAUUAUUGAAGGGUAACGACUGGGUGGAUCCUGACGAUCCUACCGUCAUCGCCGAGAACGAGCUGCUUGGUGCAGCUGCCAGUAUAGAUGCGGCUGCUAAAAAAUUGGCUAGUCUCAGACCUCGACGAAGUAUUGAGCAAGCGAACGAGGAUAUGAACUUCGACGAGAUGAUCCUGGAAGCAGCCAAGUCCAUAGCAGCAGCGACUUCCGCGCUGAUAAAGGCGGCUAGUUCAGCUCAGAGGGAACUGAUAGCAACAGGCAAAGUGUCCAGGACGCCGUUGACAAGUUCCGACGACGGUCAGUGGUCAGAGGGUCUAAUAUCAGCUGCAAGAUUGGUAGCAGCAGCUACGCACAGCUUGGUCGAAUCUGCCAAUGCCCUGGUCCAAGGUCUAAGCUCUGAGGAAAAACUCGUCUCCAGCGCCAAGCAAGUUGCUAGCAGCACUGCUCAACUUCUAGUGGCUUGCAAGGUCAAGGCCGAUCCUGAUAGUGACAGCACCAAGCGACUUCAGGCUGCUGGAAAUGCUGUGAAACGUGCUACGGAUAACCUGGUACGAGCCGCCCAACAGGCUAUUCAACAGGAAGAGGAACGUUCCCUGGUUCUGAAUCGUAGGAUGGUCGGUGGUAUUGCUCAGGAAAUAAAUGCACGUUCUGAGGUACUCCGCAUCGAGCGGGAACUUGAAGAAGCCAGAGGACGUUUGACAGCUAUUCGCCAGGCAAAGUACAAGAACAGAUCAGAUGUCUCUGAUACGGAUACUGACUUGGACCAAAGCGGCUACGAGAGUUACACUACCAGAUACGAGACUCGAGCUUAUGAACCACCGACUGUUCAGUCACCUAUACAGUCUAUGAACAGUACUCUGGACCAGCUUCAGUCGACUACCCAGCAGAUAAGUCACAUUACGAACAAUCGACAUAACCUCGUUAGUCCGGAGAAGGUGAACUCGACUCAGAGUACCCUGGAGAAGAAGAUGAAGGAGAGUCAGUACAGCCCUGCUUGUACAGACAGUCAAUAUGGGUCAAUGGACAGGAAGUACGUGGACAAUCAGUAUGGAUCAACCGACCGGAAAUACAUAAGUGAUAAUUCUUACAACGUGAACGACCGGAAAUUCAUGAGCGACAACGCUACAAGUCAGUACAGUUCAAUAGAGAGGAAGAUCAAUCACGAUAGUUAUACUGACCAGAAGAAUUCUGCCGACGGUAUUUAUGGAGCAGUACACCAGACGCCAUAUUCACCCAACUCGCCAACCAGGAAGUCCUUCCAGGAUCAAUCCUACUCAAAAUUCCAAGAACAGAGUUACUCCGCCGAGGAUAAGAGUUUCGACCGCACUUAUUCCCCCAGCCAGGAAUACAAAUACUCGACGGAGAGGAUCUUCGCACCAAGUCCAAUGAGUACCUUCAGAUCAGAGAAGCAGAUUGACACUCAGCGCUCCUACGCGACACCGUCCUCGACUAUUUUACCGCACGAUCAAAUCUUCAAGAACGUAGAGGACAAGGUGAUACCUGGUGGACGAGUCGAGACCAUCACAACAAAGAUCUACACGUCUACACCUGGUAAAAGUACCAGUUCGAAUUUUGAGACUAUGAAGGAGACCAAGGAGUUCUCGACAUCCGGUAAGGAUCUCUCUACCUUCAAGACCCUCGACAACAAUCAGACCCUCGAACAGAAGAUGCUGAAGCAAUCCACUACUCAAAAAGUGACGGAAAAGAAAACCGUCACGAUGACGACCUCGAGUCGUCAAGAAUCAAACAUCAAGACUUUCCGUUUCGAAGAGCAAUGACGUCCCGGAUGAGGGCAAAGGAAAUAGAACAAUCUAAACCGAAAAACUUCUCAAUGAAACGAAUGCGCACAAGGUAACCUAAAAAUGUCGGUAUUGGCAUAGUUUCAAUUUACCAUCGCUCCCCUGACCUGUCUGUUCGUGUUUUAUACGUUUGACAUAUAUUUUUUAAAUCAAGCUCUAUUUCUCCAUCUCCAUGUAUAUGUAUACAUCUCUCUCUUUACGCGUUUCUCUUUUCGAAUGAAUUUUAUUAUCGGCCGCCCUAUUGAACGGGACGCCAUUAUGAUAAACAAGUUGUCCGGAGGAGUACACGAUUGCCUUAGACGUAAACGCCUAGAUAAGUGCCCUUAGAUAGAGACGUGAUGUGCUUUAGAUUUAGCCUUGUAAAACUAAUUGAGAGAAGGAAAAGGGUACCAUUGCCUUGGUAAAAAAAUUAACUGAUAAAACAAAAAAACUAUACGUAUGAGCUUGUUGUAUGCCAUGACAGCCGUCUAGAAUGCAACCAUCGUAAACGUCAAAACAAAAGUAAAUAUGUAUAUGCAGAAAUUACAUAUAAAGAAAUUGCAACAAUCAAACGUGACAUAUACACAUAUAACUGUCGUUUCGCCAAAUUACGAAAAAAAAUGACAUCUCCGAUUGCAUAUUGACUUUCUUCAUUAUAGCUUUAUACUUCAUUUUUCUUCUUUCAUUAAUUUUUUUGGGUCUCCAAGAUUGAAACGACGAGGAGAGAGCGACAAUAUAUCGUAUGAUUAAUUUACGUUAAUACAUUACUUUAAGAAAACCACGAAUUAACAGAGAAGCAACAUAUCAGUUUAAUUUUAUUAAUUCUUUUCGACGGCGUUGCGCACGCACACGUUCGUCUCCACCUCUCCCCUCUUCCCUCUCCUCUCUUGACCUUAUGUUCCAUUUCCUGUAUCAUUUAUCGUUAACUAACUCAAAUUAAUUUUAUCUUCUUUCCUUGUUCAUUUCAUUUUCACACCCUCAUUCGUUCACCACUCAUUCUCUACUCGUCUUUCAUCGUGAGUAAUUUUUAAUUAAUAAGAUAGUUGCUAUUCUCCUUCGUGUGUAUUUAUCUUGACUUCUUAUUCCUUUCAUACCUUGUAACUUGAUUUUGUUCUUUCUUUCUCUAUUUUUAUAAUGUAAAGAUAUAUAUAAAUAUAUAUAUAAAUUGUGCGCCCGAGAUUAUAACCUCGACGUACCAUUGCGUGUCGGCUCGGGUUUAACCAUUACCAAAAAUUCAAUGCUUUACUAAUAAAAAAUACGAACGAAAGAAUCGAUAACGAAAAAUUGAGAUAAAAAAGUGAAUUGAAUCGAAGACUAAUUAUCGUGUAAGUAACACAAAUUAUUGUCACGCGAUGACCUCGUAAUUUUGGCAAGGAUGCCUCUAUGGAAAUCACGAUGAAGAUCUUCCAGGUAUAUAAAUAAAAUUCGGAAAGUACUAUACCUUUGAAAA